CCCGCCGCUCCCGGUGACAGGAUCAUGGGAGACACGCAGAAGGGCAGCAUUCAUCAGGAACUUCAUCAGGAAGGUUCAGUGAAAGCUGAACUCCAUCUGUUCCCCUCCAGGGAGCUCACAGGAGAUUCCCUCCAGGAGGCCGAUCAAAGACAGGACCACAAGCAGGAGCUGGAAAGAGAAAGUGAGAUGGAGACAUGUUUUCCAAAGAGAUAUGGAAUGGUACCCCCUUAUGAGAUGGAAGUCUGGGGGUGCAAGGACAGUGGUAAAGCCCCUAUAAACAAGGCUAUCCUUGCUGGGGACGGGCCAGAUCUGCCCAUGUGUGGGAACGGUGCCAUUUGGAUUCAGCAGGUGGGGGAGAAAACCUACAAGUGUCCCGAGUGUGGGAAGAGCUUUAGCCGGAGUUCAUACCUGAGCCAGCACCAGAGGAUCCACCUGGCAGAGAAACCCUUCAGCUGCUCUGAAUGUGGGAAGAGUUUCACCCGCAAUUCGGACCUGAUCAAACACCAGCGAAUCCACACAGGGGAGAAGCCCUACCAGUGCAGCGAAUGCGAGAAGACCUUCAGCCAGAGGUCUAACGUGAUCAGGCACCAGCGCACCCACACGGGAGAGAGACGCUACCUGUGCAACGAAUGUGGGAAGAGCUUCAGCCAGAACUCUCAUCUCAUCGUCCACCAGCGAAGCCACAAGGGUGAGAAACCCUUUAAUUGUCUGCGCUGUGAGAAAAGCUUCAGCGACCGCUCCUCCCUGAUCAUACAUCGGAGGGUCCACACCGGAGAGAAGCCCCACAAGUGCCAGGUGUGUGGGAAGCGUUUCCGGGACAGCUCAGCCAUCAUUCGGCAUCAGAGGAUUCACACGGGAGAGAAACCCUACGAGUGCACAGAUUGUGGGAAGACCUUCCGGCAGAGCUCCUCGCUGGUGACUCACGUGCGAACGCACACGGGUGAGAGGCCCUACAAGUGCCCCGUGUGCGGGAAGGGCUUCAGCCAGAGCUCAGCGCUCACCACUCAUCGCCGGAUCCACAGGGAAGAGGCCUUGCCCGUGUGCCAUGGCAGCCUCCUGCCCAGCCCCUUCCAGCGCAUCGAGUGUGGCCGGAGGUGCAGCGACCCCUCCACUCUGGCCAAGCACCAGAGCCUGCACACUGAGGAGCGGCCCUACAUCUGUGUGGAGUGCGGGGACAGCUUCUGCCGGAGCUCAGCUCUCAAAGUGCACCUGAGGAUCCACUGUGCCAAGAGACCCUACAAGUGUGAGGAGUGUGGGAAAACGUUCCGGCACAGCUCGGCCCUCGGUGCCCACCUGAGGAUCCACGUGGGAACCAAGCCCUACAAGUGUGUCGAGUGUGGGAAAACCUUCUGGAAAAGCUCAACACUUAAAGUGCAUUGGAAAAUACACAUGGCCAAGAAAUCUUAUAAAUGUCUGGUGGGUAGAAGAAUCCUCACCUCCCGCUCACUUCUGCCAUAAGCCUGGAGUGGAUGUUCAGAGCAGGAAUAUAAAGUAGUUUUUGGGGGUACCUAAAUGCAUGGUGAGAACCAUGGUGGGAAAAGACUGACUGGAGACAUGGUAUAUCUGGUGGUAGGGUUGGGUGCUUAAUCCCAGAGGCACAAAAAACUUCAGGACAUCUGGAAACAGGGAGUUAGUCCCAAGAGUUGAGUGCUGGGGGUUUAGGAAGAGUUGAAGUCAAGCAAGAGCCUGAGGAACGACCACCAGCUUCAGUAUAAGUGGGGACUGUGAAUAUAUGCUAGAAUAAUAACUGGGAGAACUGGGCUUGUAAAAUACAGCUAAGGCGAAGGUCAAAAUAAAGUGUUCCAGGUUGGUUCUGACUCAAAGCUUUGGUUUAGUAAGUUUACACAGUGUUUGACAAGGCAUUUCCAGAUCUUUUUGGAGCGAAAUUUUGGAGCUGAACUUCCAUCUGUCUUUUCUUUCUAUUUUCCAAAUAUUUUCUAUUUUCCAAAUCUUACAUGGGACAAAGAAUUCCUACCUCAUGAUAGCUAAGUAACACAAAACUGUAAUGGCUGUUCCCAGAAAACCUGGAUGCAGAAGCUCUUCCAGUUGAAAGGCAGUCUGUAGCUUCACCCAGAUUUGUUGUUGCUAAUUUGAAAUUCCUUCCAACUUGGGACAUCAACAAAACAUGGACAAAAAUGUGGCCUUAUAUUAUUUAACCCUAAAAGAAAAUAUUUACCCCCAGAUGUUCUAGUCUGAAGCGGUACACGGUGAGUUCCCACUGCUGGUCCAGAGACUGAUUGCAAUAGCCUUGUUCUUUUUAUGUCACUCCUCUUUAGGUCGCUCUUGUUUCCAGAGUAUUAACAUACACAGUUCGGCAUUUAAGGACUGCCUAUUACAUAAACGUUUUCUAUAUUGCAAUGUUUUAUUGCACAUUGUGCGUUUCCACCCUAAAUAAAACCUUUUGGGUUU